AUGUUACCUGUAAAUCCACCAAAUCUAGCAAAAACAAAACGCUCCAAAAUGGAAAGAGUUUUCAGCUAUCCGAAUGAGAAUCAGGACCCAACAGACCAACAACAAGAAAGGGAAGAAGCUAUUUAUUACUACCAACCAAAUUAUAAGCAGAUUGUUGUUUCACAUAAAACAAUACGUACAAAACACACUAAUAUCAAGAAAACCACGGACUCCCGUUCACCAUCAUCUCUGAUAUUAUGUGAAAUAAAGUCACCAUCUGCUUCUUCAGAUAUCCCUCAUAAAUCUACUAAUCGAUGCCGUGAAAUACCAAUUCGGAUACAACGUAACGAUUCUGAUGACAAUGAAAAUAAAUCAAAUUACUUUUCAGUACAUUGUAAAAUUAACUCAUCCACAAAAGCCAAUCCGCAUUCUCCUGAAGGGACAGUUAGUGUUGUUGAAAGUUCAGACAAUGAUUCAACUGCUUUUUAA